GUUGAUGAUGUUCUCAAUUUUCAAUGAUCACAAAUUCACAACCUUAAUAGUUGUCAAUUUUUUGUGGGCAAUCCCUUGCUAGAUACUACCUUCCCUAACAAUCAAACUAGUAGUAACUAAACAAAGCAAGGAAGUAUCAAAGAAGUGAGUGUGAAAAAUGCCUUGGAGCAGGAUUUCAGGGUCAGUGUCCUCUCCUCAGGUGGAUGUGGUUAUUGACAUGGGCAAUCCAUUCCUUAACCUCACUCUUGAUGGUUUUUUGAAGAUUGGAACUGUUGCAGCCUCAAGGGCACUUGCAGAGGAUGCUUAUCAUAUUGUUAGAAAGGGAAGUAUCUCAAGUAAUGAUUUUGAGAAAACUCUGAAGAAGAUGUGUAAAGAAGGCGCAUAUUGGGGAGCUAUAGCUGGCGUAUAUGUUGGAACGGAAUAUGGGGUAGAGAGGAUCCGUGGCACCAGAGACUGGAAGAAUGCCUUGAUCGGAGGUGCAGUGACAGGAGCUAUAGUAUCUGCAGCCAACAAAAACAAAAAAGACAAGAUUGCAGUAGAUGCCAUUACAGGUGCUGCAAUUGCCACUGCUGCAGAAUUCAUAAAUUACAUUACCUGAAUCAACUUCAGUGAAUGUCUUGUUGGUAUUAUUGCAUGUUUGAAAAGGGGUUGCACACUUGGUCUCCUUUGUCUUUGCUGUUAAUGUAAUAAUUUCGAUGCAAUAAGAUGUGCUAUUCAGCUCUGUCGCUUAA